AUGGCAACUCGAAUCUCUGGGGCUACUAGUUUGACAAGGCUUGGCUACUUGACAUAUAAUUUAUCUCAAGGCGCCGUACCUUGCCACAGUGGGCUGCCAAGGUCUGGCUACGAUAUUUUUAUUUUUUAAAACUUUUUAAAGGAAAAAAUUGACUGUUUCAAAAUAUAUUUAUAAAAAUUUGGGUUUUUUUUUGAAAAUUGCUGAGAUUUGACAUUAAAGUACAAAAUAAAGAAUUAUUUGUUUUCCAGUCAACCGCCAUAAUUCUCGUCAACGAUUUGCUUCACGAAGAUCUCAAAGGCUCCAAAAAAUUCGCGGCGAAUUUGUCGCGAACCGGAAUCGCGCGAAUCAUUUGCGAAGAACUGUUGGCCAUCGAUUUCGAUUGGGCCGAAAUUGUUGGGAAAAAUGCGACGGCGGCGGGUUCGCGGAAUGCCGAACACGUGGCAAACUACAAUUUGUUGGUGGCGAUUUUGACGACGUUGACACGAUUCUCGGCAACUGAAAGUGGAUGGAAUGCGAUGACUGAAUUAGCAAUUACUGAGGUAUGGGAUUGGGGUACUGUAGGGAACAGUUCAGCGCGAAAAUGUAGCGUGUGUAGAAUUACUGUAAAAUUUUUUAAAUUUUUGGUUGAAAAUAGGCUAAAAAUAUCGGAUUAGCAAUGUUUUGAUCAAUUUCUGACCAGAAAAAAAUUCUGCAAAUUUUCUUCAGAAUACAGUAAUUUAUAAAAAUCCUACUAUGUACAGUAUUUUUUUUCAUCCCCAUUGUUUUUUUCCAGAUUUUAUCCGAAUUGAUUGUUUUUGUCGAACCACCAAAGGAGAUUUUCCUGAAACCCGAAAAUGUUAAAAUGUAAGUUCCACUCCAUCCCCCGUUUCCUUUCCUAAAUUCCCAUUUUCCAGAAAAGGAACACAAUCAUAUUUAUAUGCAAAUACUGUUGAUUUGGCUCUUCAUGUUUGCAAACAAUUGUGCACAAAAUCGAAGUGGAAAAAAUUGUCGCUGAAAGUUUUGGUGUUCAUCCAAACACUUGGUGAUGUAUUACAACAAUUGAUGAGAGCCGAAAUGAAUUGUGCAUUUUUGGAAACUGCUAGCAAUAUUGUUAAGGAGAUUUAUGUUAAUGGUUAGUUGGAAUUUGAAAGUGGAAAGAUCAUUGAAAAGAAACCAAAUUGAAUAAUUGAACAUAUGAGAUUUUGAAACAGUGGAUUUUUUAGGCUUACAAAUUCAUUUUUAAAAUGUUCAAUAAGAAUUUUUUUUUAGAAAAAGUUAUAAAAAAAGUUUGAGACAGUAAUUUUUCGAAAAGCUUUGAAAAUUCAAAUAAAAAACAUUUGGAGUAGUGGAUUUUUAGUUUAAAAACGUUUUUACUGUUUCAAAAUUUUGAAAAAUAUUGUUUGACUACAUUUUUGUUUGUUUCUUGCGGUAUUUACUGAAUUAGUUAUUCACAAUAUUUCUGACUCUUCUUAAUUCUAAAUUUUUUUCCAGUCAUUAUCUUUAAUUUUUCCAGACGAAUCAAUAAAUGCAGCAAUCGAUAGUGAAAAUGUACUUCGUCAACUUCGAACUUUUUCCUCCUCUUCCUCCUCAAAUUCCACCAAUUAUUCAUCAUCUGAAAAUCAUCACAAAAUCAACACAAAUUCGUCUUUCGCAGCUCCUCGACAAUUAUUUUCAACAUUAGUUCCAAUUUAA